AUGAGUUUCUGGACCUGCAAUGAAGGUGGUGUGAAACCCUGCUUUGAGCUCAGUACUUCUAACCUAAAGGAUGAGGAUCUGCUGAAAAACUUUCACAUCUCAUGCUUCACUGACUUUAUAUUGACAGAUCCUCCCAAAACAACUCUGACUGUUGAGCCACAGAGUUCAGUGUUCACUGGAGACUCAGUUACUCUCAGAUGUGUCAUAUAUGAUGAAGGAGUCACUAGCUGGAGGUACAACUGGUAUAAAGGACGUUCAUUCAGGGUUUCCACUGAACUACAGGGACUCACAUUCAGGUCUGUUUCUAAGUUUGACGCUGGUAAAUACUCCUGUUAUGGAUCAGAGAAAGUAGGAUCACGCAGAUCACACUACAGUAAUGAAGUUACACUGACAGUAUCAGAUUUUCCCAAACCAACUCUGACUGUUGAGCCACAGAGUUCAGUGUUCACUGGAGACUCAGUUACUCUCAGAUGUGAGGUGUAUCCGUCACGGGAUGAAUGGGAGUUUCUCUGGAGUAAAACCUCAAACUCUGAAUCCACUGAAGCUGCAACUAAAACAAUCAAUCCUGUGAAAGUCUCUGAUGGAGGAGAGUACAGGUGCAGAGCACGAAGACGAGGAUAUUACACAGAUUACAGUGAACCAGUAACAGUGACGAUACAUGAUCCCAGAGCAGUUUUAAGUGUUUCUCCUCAGAAGUGGUUGACUGAAGGAGAUCCAGUGACUCUGAUCUGUGAGGUUAAAGGCUCCUCUACAGGCUGGACAUUCAGCUGGUUCACUGAAACUAAAGUCUCAUCAGACUUCAGAGAUCGUUAUAAGCUGCUCUCAGACAGCAGCAGAGGAUCUGGAGGAAAAUACACUGUCAGUUCUGCUACUGUAAAUCACACUGGAGUUUAUGUGUGUGGAGCAAAGAGAGAAAAAACAGCCAAUAAAACAUUUUACAGCAACACACAACUACUGUGGGUCACUGGUGUUUCUCCUCGAGUGUCUCUGAUCAUCAGUCCCAGCAGAUCUCAACACUUCACAUUUGUCUCUCUCUCUCUGAGCUGUGAGGACCAGAGUAACUCUGAUGGAUGGACAGUCAGAAGAUACACAGACAGUCUUGGGCUGAAAGAUUGUUCAUCAUCACACUGGGGAUCACAAACAGGAUCUACAUGUAAAAUCAGCUCCACCAUCCCAUCAGACACUGGAGUGUACUGGUGUCAGUCUGAAUCUGGAGAGAAAUCUCAUCCUGUUAAUAUCACUGUACACUCUGGUGUGAUUCUGGAGAGUCCUGUUCAUCCUGUGACUGAAGGAGAUACUCUGACUCUACACUGUUUAGAUGAGUUUUCAACCCCAUCAAUCCUCAGAGCUGAUUUCUAUAAAGAUGAAUCACUCAUCCAGAGUCAAACUACAGAGAUGAUCAUCUCUACUGUCUCAAAGUCACAUGAGGGUUUCUACUACUGCAAACACAGAGAGAGAGGAGAGUCUCUCAAGAGCUGGAUCUCAGUCAGAGCGUCUCAUUCAGACUCUCAGAUCUCUGUCCUCAACAUACUCAGUUCUGCACUGGCAGCUUGUCCAUAUCUGCUCAUGACAGUCGUGCUGAUUUACAAAUGCUGCAGAAUGAGAGUUACGUCUGCUGAAGAGGAAGAAACUUCAAUCUGAUUAAUUUGUUGUGACGGUCAGAAAACUUCAACAUCUUCCUAAAAUCUGUCAAUAUCUCAUUCACAAGCUCAGCAGAUCAUUAUUACUGUAAAGUCACGUUCAGGGAGAGACAACUUCAUUUAAAUGCAGGAAUGAAUCCUCUUUAUUCCUGUUGUGUGUGAAUGACAUACAGGAGUCACUCCUGAUUCACCAUGACUGACCUUUUGUCAAGUUACGGUUGUUAAAGUCAACAUGAACCAACUUUCCCAACCCACUUAACUUCCAUUGAUUCCAUUCCCAUUUGAUUGUAUCCAUCAGGAAUUGAUUACAUUGUAAAAGGUUACACUUUGGAAUAGUUGAGAAAGGGUAAAUUUGUUUUUUUUCUGUUUUUGACCAAUGAAAUAUUAUUGGUAAUAUGGACCAGACCAUCACUGAGCUUUAUAGCAUCACAAGUACAUCUUUAAAUGUAUGUUUUGCUUCAUUUAAAAUAAAAUGCCUCUCUUCAGCCUGAAAACACAGUGACUGUCCAUUUAUUAAGUUUGGAAAGUCAUACAUUACUAUUUAUCAGCAUAUUUCAGUGGCUUUUCAGUAUUUAUUUAAGUGAAAGUUUAAAAUGUCUAUUUUGUUCUGCUUUAUGUAAAACAGUUCAAUCCUUUUCAAUGUAAGGCUUGUGUGAUGUUUGCAUGUUUGUAAUAUUUAAGUAUAUUCCUUAUUUUAGAGUAAGUCUCCUGACUUGUAUUACUGCAAUAUUUCAUAUUUUAACUAUGAAUAUUUUUUAAAUAAAGAAACAGAAGACACUU